AUGAGAAAGUGUAUCAUCGUGUGUUUCGAUGGCACAAACAACGACCUACGUAGCGAUGGGACUAUGUGGUCCAACGUCGAUUGCAUCGCUGAGUGUAUCAGCGAAUACAGCAGCAAGGACAAAACCACCAAGCAGGUUGUUGGCUACUUAUCGGGAAUAGGCUCGGAAGGAGGCAGCUGGCUCAGGAUGAAGAAUCAAGCAACCGGUUUUGGUCUCGACGAGAAGAUUCUCGCAGCUUAUGGCUUCAUCUGCAACUACUUUGAGAAGGGUGACUCCGUCGUGCUUAUCGGCUUCUCCCGCGGGGCGUUCAUUGCUCGCUGUGUUGUUGCGUUUGGCGCAGGCGAGAAAGCGGCGCUCAGGACUCCCGGCAACGGUACUAAUCAAUUCUUACACUGGAUUGUUGUCUCGCAACCUUCCCAACUGCUCUAA